GCCAAGAACUUUGAUUAAACCAAGCAGGUAGUUGCCUACUCCACGAUCUAGGGCAAUAUUAGAUCUACGAUUGUCUGCCUUGUACAUCAAUCACAGAAAUGUGGCUGUGAAACUCUGAUAAGUUAUUGCCAUAGAACAACACGGUGGAAAACAGGUAUUCCAGGUCCCCGAGCGACGCGACGAUGAAGCUCGUGCGUCACCACAUGAGUGACGUAGCCUGCAUAUCUCUCUUGCCCUCACAAUCGCUUCGUACAUAGGCGCUGUUAAACCUAACAUUCGAAAACAUCAACAAAGUUGAACUUAGUCCCUUCUAUCAAUCAUGCCGCCAAAACAAACACAACAAAAAACGAAAUCAAAGUCGGAAGUUAACGCCAAUGGACAACCUCAGCAGGGCAUCCCUGAGGAUGAGAUCAAACAGAACUCUGGUGUCUCGGCCACCAUGGCAUUGCAAGCAACGCAAAAGGCCUGGGAGCUGAGACAAGCAGCGAUGGGAGCUGGCGAUGCCGAAGCACGAGAAGCAACACUUGCCAAAGCAGUCAACAAGGAAAUUGAGGCUGAAUCUUUUGGCAAAGCAGCAAAGUACGCACAGUCCGGUGCUUUCCAAGGAUUGGCUGCCGGUGCCGGGUUGGGCGUGCAACCUGGUGUUACCCUCGGCAAGCUGACUGGAGCUAUUGUUGGUGGCACAGUCUCGACAGUCACGGGACUCCUCGGUGCUGGUAUCGGCUCUGUCUACGGCGCCAUGAGGAGUGAGCCCUUGUGGAAUAUGGGAGAGAUGGCAAGUAAGGGUGUCCAAGGUGUCGUUGGUGACUUCCUCCCAGACUGGAAGGCAAGUUCGUCACAGAAGAAGGCAUUGGACAAGAUGAUCAUGCAGACCAAGGAGACACAAGCACCAAGCAAAGAAGAGUUGGAACAAAUGAAGAACGACAUGCCUGAUCAAGCACCGUCAUCCUGGUCGCAAUCAGCAAAGGAUAUGACCAGCUACUUGCCUGGUAUGCCGUCAAUGCCGAAGAUGCCGUCCAUGUCACAAGCAGGUUCUGCAGUUGGCUUGGGCGGUCUAGGAGCGUCAAUGGGAAUGGGCGGAGGAAAGCAGGAGCCAGCUCAGCAACCCAAGAAGCGAAGCCAAUCCCAACCCAAACAAAGCGACCAAGCGCCAAAGCAGCAAAAGACCUCGAGUACGCAACAGCCCAAGCAACCUCAAAAACCAAAAGAGGCACCGAGAUCAGCAACACAGAAACAACCCAACGCCACCAACACAACCUCGACGUCAAAGCCUCAAGCUGCCAAAAUGCCGACCAGCAAGCCCUCCACGACAGCCAACACGGAAAAGAAAAGGCCAAGAAAGUUGAACACAGCAAAGAGCAGUGGGACACAAUCACAACCUACAGCAUCUUCUACUUCUGCUAAGAAAGCACCGCGGAAGUUGGAGACUCGUAAACCUGCUGCCACUGCUGCUUGAGUGGUGUCUACUGAGUGGUCUUGUAAAUGAUGUAAUGUUGAAUGAUUUUCAGCCCUUGUUUGUACACAAGUAUAUAAUGUCAUGAAACCGUUUGUCCAUGUGCUCAUGUAUCGCUCACCAUUGCUCCG